AUGGCUACCGCCGUGGCCGAUGAGUCUGCGUCGGGCGGGAAAGGCCUUUCCGAACACAAAGAGAACUUUAUGUCUGAAGUGGCCCGAGAGGCUGCAGAGCGAGGUCACCUAGCAACGGAUCAGUAUGGCCAUGCGCUCGUGGACUUCGACAAGGCAGCAGAAUCGCGGCUGCGGUUGAAAAUCGAUCUAUAUAUCGUCCCCACCGUGGCCCUCAUGUACCUGUUCUGCUUCAUCGAUCGUGCAAAUAUUGGUAAUGCGAAGCUGGCGGGAUUCAACAAGGACCUCGGGCUCGAGGGCUACGAUUACAAUGCCGUGCUGUCAAUCUUUUUCGUUGCGUAUAUUAUCUUCGAGAUCCCCAGUAAUAUUGCAUGUAAAUGGAUUGGGCCAGGUUGGUUCCUUCCAGCCGCUACCCUGGGGUUCGGCAUCUGUUCAGUCGCCACAGCUUUCGUGCAAAAUAUCCAUGCUGCCUCGGGAGUCCGGUUUCUACUGGGCAUGUUUGAAGCCGGCUUGUUGCCCGGUAUCGCCUACUAUCUGAGUCGUUGGUACCGGCGAAGCGAGCUCGCUUUCCGUCUUGCCUUGUACAUCGUCAUGGCUCCACUGGCGGGAGCAUUUGGUGGCCUCCUGGCCUCCGGAAUUCUCACGCUCGAUCACUUUGGAAGCUUGCAUAGCUGGCGGAUGCUCUUCGCCAUCGAAGGUAUCAUCACGAUCGGGGUGGCCAUUCUGGCAUUUUUCACAUUAACCGACCGGCCCGAAACGGCACGCUGGCUGUCGCAGGAGGAAAAGGACUUGGCAAUUGCUCGCGUGAAAUCCGAGCGUAUCGGGACCACCGAGGUCUUGGAUAAACUGGAUCUGACCAAGACCUUGCGUGGCAUCUUCAGUCCUGUCACCAUCACUACUGCUUUUGUCUUCUUACUCAACAACAUCACGGUGCAGGGCCUUGCAUUCUUCGCACCCACCGUUGUCCAGACCAUUUACCCCGAUGCGACCGUGGUGUCUCAGCAGCUCCAUACGGUUCCUCCAUAUGUUGUCGGGGCCUUUUUUACCGUCUUGUUUCCCUAUCUCAGUUGGCGGUUCGAUCGACGACUGAUCUUCUUCGUCGCUUGCCCGCCUUUGAUGAUUACCGGAUACAUUAUGUUCCUGGCCAGUGAAAACAAUAUGGUUCGCUACGGCGCCACGUUCAUCAUUGCUAGUGGUGCAUUUGCCUUUGGGGCUCUCUGUAAUGCCCACGUUUCUGCCAAUGUCGUAUCCGACACAGCUCGGUCGUCGGCCAUUGGAACCACUGUCAUGUUCGGCAACGUCGGUGGCUUGAUCUCCACCUGGUCCUUCCUCCCUUCCGAUGCACCAAAUUAUCAUAUUGGGAAUGGGCUCAACCUGGCAACUGCCACUGUCACCUUGCUUCUAGGUGCGGGACUCUGGGCCUUCAUAUCGUGGGAUAACCGACGACGUAGUCGUGUCGACAUCAGCAGCGCAUUGGCGGGCCUUUCCCAGCAACAAAUUCAAGACUUGGAUUGGCGAAACCCGGCCUUCCGGUGGCGGCCAUAG